CAUCGCAGCGCUCUCGUGUGUCGCAGCGGGGAACUUCGAAUAAACAAACCAUAAAAUGGCGUCGUCAGAUCCGAAAGGAGCUCUGUUAAAUACCCAGACGGAAAAGCCAAAUCAUUACACAUACCUGAAAGAAUUUCGCGUUGAACAGUGCCCGUCGUUCUUGCAGCACAAAUGCAAUCAACAUCGACCAUUCGUGUGCUUCAAUUGGCACUUUAUGAAUCAGCGACGCCGUCGGCCUGUUCGCAGACGGGAUGGCUCUUUCAACUACAGUGCGGAUAAUUAUUGCACCAAAUAUGAUGAAACUACCGGAAUAUGUCCCGACGGAGAUGAUUGUCCAUUCUUACAUCGCACUGCCGGUGACACGGAGCGACGUUACCAUCUGCGCUACUACAAAACAUGCAUGUGCGUUCACGAUACCGAUGCGCGCGGAUUUUGCGUGAAAAAUGGUCACCACUGCGCUUUUGCUCAUGGAAUUCACGAUCAGCGCCCUCCAGUGUAUGACAUUAAGGAGCUGGAGGCUCUUCAGGCGGCUGAGGCUAGCGGGGAAUGUUUGAACGGACCAAACGUGUUGGAUAAGGAGCGCAAUUUGAUGAAUGAAGAUCCAAAAUGGCAGGAUACUAACUAUGUUCUGGCUAACUAUAAAACGGAACCAUGCAAAAGGCCUCCGCGCCUGUGUCGACAAGGGUAUGCAUGUCCACAGUAUCACAACAGCAAGGACAAAAGACGCAGCCCCAGAAAGUACAAAUACAGAUCGACACCAUGCCCGAAUGUAAAACAUGGUGAAGAGUGGGGCGAACCGGCCAAUUGUGAAGCUGGUGAUAAUUGUCAGUACUGUCAUACUCGCACUGAGCAACAGUUUCAUCCUGAGAUCUACAAAUCUACUAAGUGUAACGAUGUCCAACAAGCUGGUUAUUGCCCGCGAUCUGUGUUUUGCGCAUUUGCUCACGUUGAACCUUACGUGCUGACAGAAGAUUUAGGUCGUGACCUGGACAGUCAGGCACUCGCCCUCAGUGACAUGAUAUCGUCAGUUUUACCACCGGACAGUGGUGGAGGAGGGGGAGGAGGGCUUGGCUGUCCUCUUAGCAAGAAGGACAAGCACGAGCUAGCGGUGAGUGUACUAAGCUAUCUCGACGGAGCACGGCAGGAGAAUCUACCAUUUGAACUUGAACCGCAGAAUUUUCACUCGUUCUUCCAGCUGCUGCAGAAUGGUAGCGCCGAAAGCAGUGAAUCGGCGAGUACCAGCAGCCUCGGCUCUAAUCAUAGCUCCCACAACAAAGCACCUGGUUCACAGCUACAACAAAAGCAUAGUAAUAGUCUCCUAGGCGUUGCCGCCAACUGCAAUGGUAGCACUCAUAGUCAAGUCAACAACAGUAUCGGUAGUUUACAAUCAACACUAUUCAACAACGGCGGUACCGCUGCUAGCUCACUUCUAUCCAACAAUUUUCCGGAGUUUACGCCGGAGCUGCGGGCACAGCUGUUGGCAAUUGAAAACGAUCUCACUAUGGGCCCCCUGGAAAAAGAACAACGGAAACGCAUGUGUUUGACAUUCAAUUUUAGAAACAUCGCAUCCUCCUUAGAUGGUGGUGUAUAUGACCUAGCGCGACGUGAUAACAUUCAUGGACUAGACAAUUCAAUUUCAGCUGGAAUAGCUUCCUCCGGCUUAUUGGCGAGUAGUUCAGCACCGGUCAACAUUCCGGGUUCUCCCAUGGGAAACACCAUUUCCGGACUGCUUCAAGGUACAUCUGCACCGGUCAAUAUUCCAGGCAGUUCACUUAGCAAUAAUUUCAGUCCGUCAUCGCACUCCAAUUUAUUCGGUAUCAAUGAUGCUAUGUUUGGAAGCAGCACCACGCAUCACAUUGGCAGUAGCUCGGCACCAAAGCUUGCCACUUCUUUCGGCCAUAGUGGAACCGAUAGUCUAUUCUUUCAAUCGCACAUCAUCUCGCCAGUUUUGACCGGAGGUGACGGUGGUCUGUCUGCUAGUCCAGAACUUAGCCGAAUAUCAGAACUCAAUUCGCUUAACAAUGAACUUAGUAACAAUAAUUCAAAUCUCCUAUUUGAUAAUCAUAUGCAACAAGCGGCCGCGGCUGUCCAACAACAGCAGCACCAGCAGCAGCAACAACAACAGCAACAUCACGCAGCUGCCGCAGUAAUGGCUGCAGCUGCUGCAAAGAGCUCUAACUCGAACCACUCCUACUCAAUGUCACCACUGGUAGCAUCCGAUAUGGGACGAUUGCGCGAUGAAUUGGCCAACAAGAAUGCACAAAUGAUCAACUGGGAGGAGCAGGUGAUGCAAGCCACUAACGCAUGCGAAGCGUGGAAAGCGCAAAUGGAGGAAAGUAAUCGCAAGACCGUGAUAGCCGAGCAGCAACGCGACGAAGCUUUGUCGCACGUGAAGGCACUCAAGGAAAAAUUAGAGCAACUGAAUAUCGGUGGAAACAGCACGGCCAACUUUCGUGCCACGGAACUUCGGGGCAUGCCUCUACAAAAGUUAAAAAGUAUUCAAGCCAAAUUGCGCGCAGAAAUCGAGGAGGUAGAGAAGGUACUGUACCUCGAAACCGCCACCAAAUGUAUGAAAUGCGAGGAGAACAAUCGAUCGGUAACGCUGGUACCCUGCAACCAUUACGUGCUGUGCGAUUCUUGCGCAACGACACAACGCGAAUGUCCUUACUGUCAAACACCGGUUACGUCACAGGCGUAAAAUAAGACGCACGUAUCAAUCAACCGCUGGAACACAAUCGCACCUCGAUAGUUACAAAUUAUUAAAAAAAAUGCCACACUGCGCUGCGACGCUUUUAACGCUAUUGUGCACACCACAUGCUUUUCACAGCCAGUGCGCUAAGGAGACGAACACAUCUACCUAAUAUUAAUGCAAUUGCUAGUACUACCGCAAGGAUAGCUGAGGUGCCGAAAACCAGCAUUUCGCGCUAUCCAUAGUUUUAGUUCGAAUAGGUGAGGCAGACGAUUCCUCGUUUCGAUCACAACCAAUGACUAAUAGUUUGUUUGUGUCACUUGAUAUUUAUGCGUGCAUUCGUGAAAAAAGUGAUAUUUAUAUAUGCAAGUGACAGCUAAAAAUUGAACAGUGAAGAACGUUCACUAUAAAAAUACAAGAGCACGAGUUUCUCCGAAACUAACAUGCAGUAACGACGAUACAAGCAAGCAAGCACGUUAAUUACUUUUGUGUAUUUUUAGUGUAAACUAAUUUAUAGAACCGUACAAUUCUAUGCAAAUGAUUCCGUUAGCAUUCAAAUGACCAGCCAAUUUAGACAGUUGGACUAACUGUUCAGAACACAUUAAACAAUAUUUUAGAGCGAAGGCAGCACGUUCAGGAACAGGGACAAUUAUUUUCCUUUAUUCUGAGAACAAAAGGAAAUUAGAUUAUAUAUAUUAAUUGCUUAUAUUGAUAUAUUAGCUUUUUCUAGAAGGUAACUAUCUGUUUUGUACAAUGCGGAAUAGCCUCAUUCGAGAAACUCUUCCAAAACGGAAGCAAGGCGCAAGACUCUUCGCGGUUUAAAUGCAUUUUUACUUUUGAUUGUAGACAGAGGCUACAAUCUCGUACAGGAUAGGUGAGUUAGACAAGUGUAUGUGAAGCGAGGUGUAUAUUCAAAUUUGAAGAUAUUUAUAAUUUAUUUUGCGAUGUAAUUUAAUCUCUAGGAUAACCCAAUUUGUUUUUGUUUAAUUACCUAUUAUACCUCUUUUGAUCUUACAACCGUUUUGCCAUCGUAGCAAAAAACAGCACAUUGCCACGCAAUUGUGCUAAUGAGAAUGCAUUAGAUACACUUUUUUAUAGUCUUUAUGUAAUUUUCUGUAGCAGUAACAGCAGCAGGAACAUCUAAACAUUUUAAUUAUGCAAAAAAUAUUAUCCCAAUAAUCCUAAUUUUGUUAGGUAGUCAACUAAAUUGCUACUAAUCAGUUUAACAAGCUGAAGACAGGUAAACAUACUGAGCCAGUGGAUUCACUGGAUGCAUAGUGAAAUGAAGAAUUGUAACGCAAACUUCCCAGUUAAAGCCAGAAUCGAAUAAUGAAAAAAUAUAAUGAAUCACGAAAAAUGUGCAUAGUUAUACUUUCUGGUAAAGUUUACUAUUAUGGAAAAGAGAUUGAUUUUAUAAUUAUAACCAUCACACAGAAGUAAAUGAAAAUUAUGAUUUUGUUUUAUUUAUUUUUGACAUUCUUUCCUUCUGGUUUUAGGCGGUUGCCUGGUGGCUAAUGGUUUGGAGUUACGUUUUUAUUAUUUUGGAAAACUUUUUUCCUGAGAGCAACAUAUCUCAACGAAAUUGAUGCGUUCAAAGGAGUUAUAUAUUUGAAUAACGAAAUUCGUUUCACGAUUAAUUGAAUUGCACGGGUACGUUUAGGUAAUCUUGGACAUACGGGCAAGUAUGCAACAGAAAACUAAAUUUUCCUACUUUGUAUUGAAGUUGCCAAUCAAGAAUUGGGUUGUUUCUGUAAAUAAAAGUGACCACGAAUUCAAAACACUAGUUUUCACCAGGAAAAUAUAUGUAACGCGUAUAUACAUAACUUAUUUUUAAAUGCUAUACAUGUUUUAACGUUGUGGCUUAUAUGAAACUAACGUAAAAUUUAUCUAAUGUAAAGAAACAAACUGUAUUAUUUUUCGUCAACAAUGAUUAACUAUUAAUUAAAAAAAAAAGAAGGUCACCAAAGCUUUUGAAUGAAGUAGACACCGAUAUUUUUCUCAUUAACCGCAUAAUUUUUUUUUGUAACAAAACAGAACUCAGAAGCAACAAUGAAAUUUAAAGCGUUUGUAAAUCCAAAAAACAUAACCUCCUCUGAUAGCUAAAAACUAACAAAUUUCUAUCAACGCAACGGUAGCUAUUGAUAUAAUUUCAUUUUACACAUAAAAUAAGACACAACAGAAUCUGAGAAGUGUAAAAAUAAUAACUGUUUGUAUCAAAAUAUAUAUAUUUUCGAUAACAGUUUACUGAAAAGUACGUUUCUUCCCCUUUUAAUGAUACUAGUAAACGACAGGAUAAAAUCAAAACUGUAUAUAACCGUAAACAAAUUAUAUGAAGAUGAAAACGAAAACGCCACAAGAACAUCCCCGAAGUUCUGAAUUACCACCAAAAAGGAUAAACAAAACCCAAGCUAUGAAAGUCAAUGAUGCUAUCGUCAACAGGGGCAACUGAAAACUAUUCACCCAACCAAUCCAAAAUAGAGUACUCGACCCACCGCCCGUGUCAAAAAACAUGCCAGCGAAACGAAAUCCUUACAUUAUGCUUAAAGCAGCUUGACAUCUAGCAACUUUUCACCGCCAUCAGACUGAGUGUUCCUACAUGUAUCAUGUUUCUCAGUUGGUUCAGCAUGGUGGUGAAUGAUAUGGCAAACAAUAAGCGAACGCAUGCAAUCGAGAACGUUAAGUUUAAUUAUUUUUGUAACUCAGUUUCCCCGGUGGGAGUUUUUCUUUCUGUGUCGUUAAACUACUUUCGAAAGAUCGACAAAUUUUAUAUAUAAUUUAGAACUGGCUGAGCAACUAAACCGUUAUUGAUUGAUAUAAGCUUUAUCAGCAUUUUAUUCUAUCGAUUUUCGAUUAAGCCGAAACGGAAAACGAGUUCCAGAUACUGCCAUGGGCAUUUAAUUUAAACGAGAACAACAAUUAGUCUAUAAAUGAGCUAUUUUAUUUUUAUUAAUAUUAACAUAAAAUAAGAUGAAACUGAAAAAAUGUUCAUCCUUUUUUUUUCAAUUUUACACACUCCAAAUUUUCAAAACGCGAAAAUAUUCAUUUUCAUCGGAAAGAAAACUAAGCUUUUCUUGCGUAGAAUGUCUGAAAAUCGAUUGCUGUCUCCAGAUGUUAAACAGUAUAUUAUACACUUUGGAUAAAAAUAAAUAUUUUUUUGCUACAAAAAUUUCCUUUUGCAGGGAACUAAAACUAUAAAGUUCCGGAACAUAUUUUAUCGCUGUUUUUCUGACAUUAAACCUUCAAACUACAUGCCGUUAUAAGACACCAUGUCUAAUGAAGCAAUUUUUUAUGCAUAAUGACUUACAGCUUUCAGAUAUUUAAAAAAACUAUGUUAUUGACAAAUCGAUUCGAUGGCUAGUUUUGUGAUUCUUGUUCGACUCGAUCUUCGAUCGCAAUAUAGUUUGGAAAACGGUUUAGUUGCAAAGAAAAAAAAGUCUAAUUAUCAGUUUUUCUGCUAUUAUUCCAUCUUUUUGGGGUAUCUAUCUGUUUUGCUCCGUUUUCAAUAGAUAGGUAGCACAACAAAUUGUUUUAUAAUUUAUGUAAAAAUACUUCUAUAUUUACAUAGCGCUAUAUAAACGAAGCAAAACGAAUGCGAUUGAUAAAAUUACACAAGUUUUACCAUUUCAAAUGAAAACAAAAAUAUAUAAAACAUAAAAAAUAUAUUUAUUAUAUGUGAACGAGAAUGAAUAAAACAACAAAUUAUUAGGCGAUCAAACAAAUAUAUAUAACUAUUUUACACAGACGGCAGAAUUGGAUAAAUCAACAGAAUAGUGCGAAACAGAACUAUUACUAGCAGCAGCACGUAAUUACUGGCGGCAUAGCAAUAAACGAGAGAAUAACAGAUGCACCCUAUUGGAACAUUCUGAGAGCAAUUUAUUCUGGUAAUGGCGCGGAUCUAAACAAUUUCUAUCGAGUUAAAUGAACGAAUGAAUAUUCAAUAAAAAAAACUAAACAAUGAAAUCAAUAAACAGUUAGCCUAUGUAACAAAUUUCCAGAGCCACACAAUUCCAGGUGAGGACUUUUUUGACUUAGAAUCAGUGAAAAAAAUAUGUAAGUAUAAUUCUAAAGUAAACGACGCUGAUGCAUACAUACACAUUCACAAACACACGAUGAACCCGAUCGUUUGAGAACAAACGCGUUGGCUAGAGAAUAGAGAAGUUUCUAGAUUAUGAUAACAAAUUAUUGUAAUGAAGACGAUAAAAAAGAGCAGUGAAAUGCGAAAUAAAAAAUAAAACCGGUGAUCAAUGAGAAAAAUAACAAAGAUGGAUUAUUAUUAUUAUUAUUAAUAUUGCAAGAAAAAAAACUAUAUUAUAUAUGUGACAAACAAAGGAAAAUUAGAAUAUACAGAUAAAAAAAUAGAAUAUAAUGAAAAUACAAACACUAUUAGGAUUUUCCAAUUCAAAACAAUGAAAGCUAUGUUAAGAAUAACGAAAUCAAUAAAUUAUUGAAAUAACAAAACCAAAAUUAAAUAUUUAUGCAUAAUUCAUCUCUAUGUGUAUCGGAAAACUUGAUAGAUUGCUGUGGCAGUGGAAGCCAAUGCUUGAAUUUCUGUAAUCGACCUAUUGUUAGUUAUCACCAAGCUCGUCGGUAGUUUUCGUUUGGGCAAAGUCGAUAUGCUUCAGUCUGCCCCCUCCCUCUCAAAUGGAUGUUUACGAUAAUAAAUAUAUGCUUUAUAACUGACAAUCUUUCAAAAGAUAACCCUUCACAUCGUUCAACAUAUUUUGACCGAUUUUUUCUUCGUGAUUCCUCAUUUGCUUUUAUCUUAAAAAGUAGUUUUCUAGCCCAAAUUGUACAAGAGUCUUUGUUGCAGUACUUUUAAAAACAACGGAAGAGCUAUUGUUGCGAAUUCGAAAACGAUUAAUGUCUGGUGUUCUAUUAAAUUAACAUAAACGUAGCUAUGAUCAAUAAUAAAAUGUAGCACGGAAAGCAUAAAAAAUCAGAUAACAAAAUGUGAUUAGUCUCAUAGUUAGUAGUAGAAAAUGCAAUUAAAUAAUUAAAAUAGACAUCUUUUUCGCCUGUUUUUUUAUUAACCAGAAAAAAGAUCAAAUUACUUCGUUAAAUUGAAUGUCUUAUCUGAUACGCCAUUCAUCAAUAUACAUAUUAACAACUUCGCAAGAAAAACUAUUGUGUUAUUUUAUUUUACAGUUUAGUUUUUUUACUAAAAGGGAAACUUUUAAAAAUCAUGUUUAUAAUGGACAAGAUACAAAUGAUGGCAAAUAGCAGAAAAAUGUACGGUACAAACUAUUGACAAAAAAAGCGGAUAUCAGAAGCGGAGGUAAACGUAUAAACAACAUAAUUUUACACAGAAAAUGCGUUGCAAUCAAGCGUGUAGGAAGUCUUAAUGUUUUGAUAAAUAAAAAAAGAGAUAAAAGAGCCAAAAACUCAGUAAAAAUGCAAAAAGUAGAACAAAGAAAACGCAACACAUAACUCAAUCUGUAUUUGCUUAUUACAUUAGUUUACAUUAUUGUAAAUUUGGAAUAAUGAAACCCUAACACAAAUCGUGUUAUAUAUAAAUUUGAAAACAAUAAACAAUUGA